AUGUCUCUGCGCACACUCACACGCAUUUCAGCCUCAUCUGUCGCGCGAACAGUCCAACGAUGCACCUUUGCGACAACCUCGCCCGCCGAGGCCCCCCUCCAGAAACGCGCCGUCGUCGGCAGUUUUCUGUUCCGUCGACAUGAGGAUGGCAGGCUGAGAGUUGCUCUCUUCAAGAGAAGCGACAAGGUGAAUACAUAUCAGCACAAGUACGCGGCCAUCUCUGGGGGAGUGGAGGCGGAGGACGAGUCCACGCUGAGUGCAGCGUUACGGGAACUGCAUGAAGAGACAAAACUCUCCGAGGCCUCGCUGCAUUAUCUCUGCCACGGGCAGCCGUAUUCUUUUGUCGACAACAAAUUCAACUACGAGUGGAGCGUGCAUCCAUUCGCCUUUCAGUGGCCAUCAUUGAGCACGGAGCCUCUGACUUUGGGCUGGGAGCAUGAGGGCCACGCAUGGUUCGAGCCCUCGGAGGUGCCUGAGUCCGAGGUGGCGGCUGGCGUCGUGGAAUCAUUGCGUCGCGUCUGGCCAGAGGGCGACCUGGGGAGGAUCGGGGUGCUUACCAGAUACUGUCUAGGAGAGGCGGCGGGAAAGCAGACGGGCGAGGACGCGCGACGCGAUCCCCACGAAGCUUUCACCGCCUUUCGCGAGACGGUCGGGGAGAUUACAAGCUCUGACUCGGCGCAGUGGCGACGCUAUGUGCGACUGGCUGCAUGGCAUAUCUGGAACCACGCGGACCGCAGCGUAAAGGCGCCGCUGCUGACGAGGCUGCUCCCGGGUCUGGAGCUGAUAGAAACGUUGCUGGAGCCGCAGCGCGUGGAACUUGCGCCGCAGUUUGAGAAGCUAGCAGCCAUGGCACUGGAGAACGUGCAGCCGCAGAAGGAGAUGGUGGGCCAGGGCGCGAUGAGUGAGGAAGACAUUCAGUACUUGACGAAAGAGGCGGAUCGCUUCUUCUCAGGACUGUGGCCCACGCCUGAGUAG